AACCCAGCUCUGGAGGGAUCCACGGCACAAGCCUUGACGGCCGUCGCCACCACCGGCUGUACGACGUGCCAGCAGCUCCCCAGGAUCCUGUGGGGCUGGGAGAGAUGUGGGGCACUGCGGUACCUCUGCACAAACCUGCUGCAGUGCAGGUUCAGGCUGGAGGAGACCCUCCGCACCAACCUGGGGUUGCACAUGAACCUGGUGGGCAGCCUGCUCCUCCUCAACCUGGCCUUCCUGCUCAAUAGCGGGCUCUCCGGUGGGACCCAGCCGGGGACCUGCAAGGUCCUGGGGGGCAUCACCCACUACUGCCUGCUCUGCUGCUUCACCUGGAUGGCGCUGGAGGGCUGUCACCUCUACCUCCUCUUCGUCAAGGUCCUCGGCACCUACGUCCGCCACUACCUGGUGAAGCUGUGCCUGGUCGGCUGGGGCUUCCCCGUUCUUGUGGUGGGGGUGGCAGGAGUCAUCGGCAGCUACGGCCAAUACAGCAUCCGGACCGUGGACCACCAGAUCAUAGCCCACCUGUGCUGGAUCACUUCCAAACAUCUCCUGGUCCACUACAUCACCAACUGCGGCUACUUUGGCCUCAUCUUCCUCUUCAACACGGCUGUCUUCGGAGUGGUGACGCAGAAGAGCUGUAGCCUGCGGGGCACGGGAGCGGUGCAGGGUGACCGCAAGGCCUGGAAGGUGGCCCUGGUGGCAUUGGGGCUCUUCUGUCUGCUGGGGGCCACCUGGGCCCUGGCGUUCCUCACCCAUGGCACCUCCUCUGCUCCCCUGCUCUACCUCUUCACCAUCCUCAACUCUCUCCAAGGAAUCUUCAUAUUCAUGUGGCUGGUUGUCCUCUACUACCCAAAGACGAAGGACACCGCUGGCUCCCUCUCUCACACCAUCAGACACGACAAAACCACCGCAGCCUCCCAGGAGUAG